AUGGAGGACGGGUUUCGGGGUAGUGGCAGCGGGGGUGAGGCCGACGGUGGUGAGGACGAGCCGAGUCCGGCGUCUGGUGGGGCUCAACUCGAACGGGGAGCAGAACCGGGGAUAAUUAUGCUCGGCGGUCAUCGUACGCGACCUAAUUGGACGCCUCAGGAGGAUCUAAUUCUUCUACAGCACGUGGCGAAGCAUGGGACUCGCAACUGGGGGUCGCUUCAGAUCAGCGGGUUGCUGCCGAUUCGCGAUCAGAAAGCCUGCUGCAACCGAUUUAUCCUUCUGAAAAAGCGUUGCAUCAAGGACAAGCGCAGUCUGUCGCAGCUGCUGCAGCGCGCUAAGGACGCCGUUAUUCAUGACGCAGCCAGGAAUGUCAACGCAGCCGCAGCUGGAGCCGCCGGUUCUUCGUUCGUUGCCGGAGCCGCGCAAGCGUCGUCCUUCCACCAUGCGUCCUUGGGAUCGCCGCGUGUCGCGGGUGGUUUCGCCGGAUCGUCCCCAGCCCUUCACGCUGCCGCCGCGGCGCUCAACCCCCUUGAGGCUCUCACUUCGCCCAGCAUCGGCAUUAACAGCCAAUCACGGGUCUCCUUUAAAGGGGGUGGCGUCGCUCAACAGCAGCAGCAGGUUCAGGAGAUUUCCCAGAAUCUUCCGCUGGACGGGUUGCUGCUGGACGAGGCGCAUCUGGCGUGGCUGAAGCAGGCGCACAUAGAGGCGCAGCGGUUCACGCUCUCCCAGGUGCACGCGAGCAAAGGGGAAGGGCAGGGGGACGGGUUGCAAGGCGGACAGCAAGGGGGUCAGCAGGGGGGACACCAGGGAGGGGGUAAUAGUGGUGAGGAGGUGGGAAGGGCAGAGCAGGGUGCAGGUCAUCAAAGAAGUGAAUGUGCGAACGAUGGGAGGGGGGACGUGGCAGUGGCACAGCAGGAGUCGGGCCUGCAAGGCGUGGAUGCUCACAAACAGCAGCAGCUGCAACAGCAGCAGCAGCAGAGUGCGAGCAUGUCCAUGCAGCUAGCCAACUUGAGGUCACAGGUGGGACUUCAGCCCGGGUCGCUGCUCGCCCAAGCACUCAAGCUCUCCCACCAGCCUUCCUUCGCAGCCGUCUCCAACCUCCCGCUCUUCUCCAAUUUCCGUUCUGUCACCGCGCCUCACUCCCCCUCUGCACACCCCACCGAGCCCCAUGCAUCAUCACCCCAUGCAGCUACUCUGUCAUCUACGAGCACUGUAGCUGCAGCUGCUGCUGCUGCACCUGCAGGCGCUACAGUGUCGGCUCCCAAUUCAUCGAGCCCUGCCUGGAGCGAGCCCGCGUUCCCCACUGUGCAGUCUGGGGAGGUGACGGACCGCUUCUCUUCCUUCAGCGACUCGCAGUUCGCCUCUGCUGCUGAAAUCGGCGCCACUUCUUCCGCCGCUGCUGCUAGCAUGAUGGCGGCUGCUGCAUCGGCAGGCCUCGAUGGUGGUCGCAGUGGUGCUGUUGGUGCCGGCAGCAGUCUUGGUGGUAGUGGUGUUGGUGGGGGCUUAAACAGUACUUUGCCUGCUGGGGGCAAUGACAGUGGGAGGGAGGGUGGUUCGUUCACCACUGUGCUUCGGAUGUCCUCAGCUGCCUUUCAGCACCAGCAACAGCAGCAGAUGCUGCUGCGACAGCAGUGGAGUGGGCAGGCGGGUGGGCAAGAGAGUGGAGCAGCUAAUGCAGAGCCCUCUGUGCAUGUGUGGAGGCCAAGGGAAGUCGCGAGCUGGUUCCAGCAGCUGGGACAGUCAGGCGUACUUGCGAAACUUGCUGGAGACAUGGGUGGGGAGGGCGGGGAGGCGGAAAAGUCGACAGCAGCACCGGCUGCAGGAGGGGGAGCAGGAGUGGAAAAUCAAGGGUUUGAACGGGGAGGAGGAAUGCUGUUGCUUGCAGAGCCUGCAACUGCCAAUGCAAGCAGACAUGACGUCCAGAGGGAGCAUCAGCAGGAGAAGCCUCAGUCCGACCUCAAAAGGCAUGAUCAGCAUGUGGAUGCAAGCAACCCCCCCGCAUUGCAGGAGCCGCAGCCGCAGCAGAAUGAGGCGCGAGAUGGGACUCAUCAACUGGGCCAUCAGGCUUCCAUUCUGGGCUUGCAGCAGUCUCGCAGGCCAGAUGCAAUCUUGGAAGCCCUCACAUCAGGGUCACAGUCGUGGGUGGGUCAGGCAGGGCGCUGGGUUGACGAGCAUCAAAUGCAGUGGAGGAUGCAGAAGGCAGGGGAAAAUGCAGCCAUGGGUGUGGGAAUGGCUCAGGCGGAGCAGCAAGAUGCUACACAUGCGGAUAAUCUGGCUGAGGCGGAGAUUCUUCGAGCAUUGCACGCAGAGAUGGAGUCGUUGAGCGUUCUAAUGGAUUCUUCAUCAGCACCGACCACGGUAUUGUUUCAGGACGAUGAGGAGGAAGAGACAACUUCUGAGACAGAAGGCGUUGAAGGUGACAAAAACGAAGGCAAAGGCGACAAGCCCUCAGAGGGAACUGCUGAAGAGGGCGAGAUUGAAGAAGAGGAAGAGACAGAGGCAGAGCAGCCUUCAGCCUUCGGUGCCUGGAAUCUCGGCAGUCUGCUACAAACAAUCGCCACCAAAUCAGAGGAGGUGCUGCGCGAGUACAAGCAGGAGCUGCAGGAGUUCGGCGAGGGGCUCAAGAAGGAGACGGAGGAGCUCGUGGAAACCACCGCCUCCACCGUUAGCGACCUGCCUUCCUCGCUCGAGUCCGGCGCCCAAGCGGCUCAGAGUUCACUGGAGGGUGUAGGCCACACAAUUGAGGAGUUCGGCUCUUCUCUAUGGAAAGGCACAUCUGAGAUCCUGGCGUCAGUGAAGGAGGCAGUGGCGAUGGUGGAGGAGGAGGUGGCUGCCAAUGCUACUGGCGCCCGCCCCCGAGCGCCCUCCGCUGCUGCUGGGCUCGCCUCCGCCAUCCCCAGAGGCAAGUACAGCCGCUAUGAAGCACUGGUGAGCGCCAUGCAGAGGGACAGCAGCACGUACUGUGACGAGCCAGAGGACACGGAGGACUUUGCCAAAUGGGUUGAAUCUUUCGACCUCAAAAACAGGGAGGCGGACGUGGAGGCAGUGCUCAAGGACAACGCAUUCAUGCAGGAGCUGCAGUCGCGCAUUGUGCCAUUGAUCGUGGAGCGUGAGACCUUCUGGACGCGCUACUUCUACCGCCUCUACCGCCUGCAACAGGCAGAGGACGCCCGUGCCGACCUCGUCAAGAGGGCGACGACAUCGGAGGAGGAGGACCUGAGCUGGGAUGUGGAUGACGAUGCAGACGAUGCUCAGAGCAGCCCUGCUGCUGCGCACCAUGGCGGCACGGGUAAAAGUGAUGCUGCUGCUGCCGAUGCAGAUGCUGCUGCUGGAGUUUCUGCAGCUGAUGAUGCUGGUGCUUCUGCUGCUGAUGCUCCUGCUGAUGGCAGUGGCUCCUCUCCUUCUGUGAAGCCCGAGGAGGCAGUUGUGAAAGGCAAUGCGGAAAAAGAAGCUGCUGCUGGGACAGCGAGUGAGGCAAAGGGGAGUGGGGAAGAAAAAGAUGCAGGAGAAGGGGAGGUCGAGAAGGAGAGGGACGCAUCAAGUCAAGCAGCAACAUCACCGCAACCAGGGAAUGUGCAUCUCUCGGAAGUGAAGGUGCCCCGCUUGGAGGAUGCUGGCCUGGAGGACACUGCACUGCCCUUCUCCGACAUCCAGGCUGCGUUUGAGAUUGCAGCCAGAGCGAGGCCAAGGGAACCUAGUAACCGUAGCAGCAGCAGUGACAGCUCGGCGGGCAGCGAGUGGCAAGUGGUGUCUAAAGAUGACGCUUCUAAGGAGGACGGAUUGAAGGCGUCACAAUCCUCUGCUCCUGCUCCUACUACAGUAGCUGAUGCGGUUGCUGCCACUUCUGCUUCGGAUGUGUCAGAACCUGCAGCUCUGGGCUCCCAGCCUGCUGCCGAGCCUACAACUGCCAGUGCCUCAGAUAUAACAAGCCCGGAGGGCAAAGGGGGGAAGGAAGAAAAAGACGAGAAGGAGUUCGAGGCGGAGGAGAGGGGAGGGAAGGGCAAGAAGGAAGGUGGAGAUGGCGAGGAGGACGAGCUGAAUUUUGCCGCAAGGGCCGUCGCUUUUACCAUGGCUGAUGCGCGUCAAGUAGGAUCGCUCUGGACUCCGGAGGAAGAUGUAAUUCUUCUGCAGCACGUGGCUCGCUACGGCACCAAGCAUUGGGGCUCUCUUCAGUCCAGCUCAACUUUACCUCACCGCGAUCAGAAGGCGUGUUGUAACAGAUUCAUCCUUCUGAAGAGGAAGUUCUUUCAGGCUCGAGCUAAGGGUCAGAAUCUGCAGACCAUCUUUCCCUACAUCAAUGUCAACUCUCAGCCUCAAAGCCCCUCGGCGGCGGUGGCCUCGUCGAUGCUUCACGCUCCCGCGUCGCCCUCUUCCACGGAAGUCGCGCUCCGCGUGAACGUUUCGUCCCGCGUCAUCUCCAAGCGCGCCGCACCGCCUUCUCUUUCAAAGCCCGCUAUCCUUCAGUCCGCUCUCGCCACUGUUCAAGAUCAAGCUGCAAACGGCAGCGGUUCCGUGUGGAUGCCGAACCUUGUCGACGCGCAGCGCUCUCCCGCUGUUUCAGAUCCCUCGUCUCCUCUCAGCGCGGCUCACGGCGCGUUAUCCUUGCAGCAGCAGCAGCAGAAGCAGCAGCAGCAACAGCUGCAGCAGCUGCUCGUCACGAUCGGCCAAUCAGCGAACGCCGUGAGCCAAGCCGCGAUGCAGUUCGUCAACGCUACGUCUUCCGUCAACUCUACUUCAUUUCCCGCCACUCAGGUCAACCAGCAGCAGCCGCAGUCCGCGACUUCCGCCGAGGGUCAGCAGAGCGCAGCGGACGCGGUCGUGAACAUGAUUCUGAGCAAACUUGCCGGCGACGCGUCUGGCUUCGCGAAGCAUCCCGUCGCCAGCGCAGCGGCCGCAAGCCCCGCCUCGUCCAAAUCGGACGUCUCCGUCGAGCCCGCCUCCGCGCAUGCUCCCUCCGCUCCCCUGCUCGACGCCUCGUCCCGCCCCUCGUCCGCCGCCCCUCGCCGCCCGUCUCUCCUCUCCGCGUCGCAGCGCGGGCCGUCGCCCGUCGUGCCGUCGUCCGCGGCGUCCGCGGGCUCGUUCCCCGCGGACUCCGCCGGGAGUCUGCAGCAGGUGGUACCGGGGUCGGAGGGCGAGACGGAGAGCGACGACGACAUGCUGCUCGCGUACCUGUACGCGCAGGGCCACGCGCAAGCUACCGCGCCGGAGAUUCAACAGAAGGAGAUAAGUGCGGAUGGCGCUGCGGUGGAGGUUGAGAAACAGGAGGAGCAGCGGGUGCAGCAGGCAGCGAGGCAGGAGGAGGCAAAGCAGGAGGAGGCGAUGGCAACAGACGCGGCGGACAUGGCGCUGCUGAUGCAGCUGCACGAGGAGGUGAUGGUCCUCGAGAAACUCGUCGCUGCUGGCCCGUCCGCUGCGUCCGCUGCUGCUGCCGCGCCCAGCGCCACCCCCGCCGUGGCUCCUGCGUCGGCCUUGGCGCCUCUCCCGCCGCGCGUGGCGAACGCCUCGUUUUCCGGUGCAGCUGCGUCAGGCGCAGCUGUUCCGCUUCCCAGGAGCGCGUCCCAGCGCCCUGACGCGUUUCUGGAGCAGGUGUCGAGUGCACCUGGGCGCAUGUUGUUUGGGUUCAGCCCUGUGUACGACCUCAUGGCUCCUGGCGCUUCCUGGGACGCCCAGGCUGCUGCUGGUGAUGCGGCUGGAUGGGAUCUGAAGGACAUGGUUGAUGUGUCUGCGUUCAACCUGGGUGCUUCUGCCGCCUUCCUGGCGUGA